CGCGCAACGCAGCACGGAGCACGCAAUGCUGUGACGCCGACUGCAGGACGUACGGACGUGAUGAAUAUAAAACAGAGGCGGAGGAAGGUCGGGAGGAAGGAAGGAAGUCGAGCUGAUUUCCUUGCUUUUUUCGUCACUAAAGUACCUAGAGGAGUUAUAGUGCUCAGCUAAGUACUUGGUUAGUUAGCUGCAUGGCUAUCGGCUGCAAAGAAUCGUUCGAGCGGGAUUCCGGUCAGCGUCUGGGACUGGGGACGAGUCUCCACUCCACUCCAAACAGACGGCCGAGCGUGUGCGUGCGUGUGUUUCGCGUUGUUGUUGUGUUGUUUUGCGGUUUGCGGGUGUGGUUGCUCGUGCAACGCUACUCGAUCCCAAGCCACAAACAAACCCGAAGUCACAUGCUGUCGUGUUGUUUGGGCGUUUGGACGCGUCCGCCACGGGAUGUUGCAAUGUUGCAUCUUCCGGACUUUGGGGCGGCGAAGGAAAGUGCAAAUGUUCUGCGGUUAUUUUGGUUCCGUGAGUUUUCGCAGUGGGACUGUGGGAGUUGUGUCUUCGUCCCGCGCAUCGCGAUUGCCGAUGCCGAUGCUGUUGGAUUCUUUGGCCAGCCGGAGUCUCCACCCGCUCGCCCUUUGUUUGCCCCACGAACAAAUCUGCUGCGUGCGUCCAAUCCUCCGCGCUCAACGCUCUUUCUCCCUUCAUCGCCGAAACCACAGCUCGUAUAUAACUAUGGGAGCCCCCGCAUCAUCCGACCCAUCGCAUUGCUGCCUUGGGGCCGCUGCUGCUUCAUGUGUACGGUACUCUAGAUUAUCAGGUAUGUACCGUACACACUCAGGUAUUUGUCGGUUGCUUGCAAGGUGGAAGGAGGAGGCAAAGGCCGGGAUUUGAUUUUCUGGUGUGCUUCGUUCAUGCAUGCGGAUGCACAGCACCCAGCAGCGGUCAUCCAGGCCCCAGAGCAUCGCGGCGAGCGAAUAGGAAUGCAGAGAAUGGGGCUGGUGUUGGGGGUGGGAUGGACUAAGUGGAGGACAUGCUCAGGCAAGGAGCCGGGCGGUGGAGGUUGCUCUAGGUCGUUCUCAGUUACUUCUGCUG